AUGGCUGCCCCGAGCAGGAAGCAACUUUUCAGGUUUCUGAGCCAGCUGGGAGCCUUCAUUCUGACCCGGUUUGGGUUUUGGAACUGCUUCAGUAUGUUGAUGUUGUUUGCUGAACGAGCCGACUCGAAAAGAAAACCGGACAUCUCGGUGCCAUACCUGUACAUAGACAUGGGAGCCGCUGUGCUGUGUGCCAGUUUCAUGUCCUUUGGAGUGAAGAGACGGUGGUUUGCGACGGCCGCUGCAGUACAACUGGCCCUCAGCACCUAUGCCUCGUAUGUGGGGGAGCAGGUGCACUACGGCGAGUGGCUCAAGGUGAGGAUGUACUCCAGAGCACUGGGAGUUAUUGGAGGUUUUCUGGUUUUGGCGAGUGGCGCUGGAGAGGUGUACAGACAGAAGUCUCGUACCAGAUCCUUGCAGUCUACCGGACAAGUUUUCCUCGGCAUCUACCUGAUCUGCAUCGUGUACUCCUUGCAGCACAGUAAAGAGGACCGGCUGGCAUUCCUGGACCACAUUGCCGGGGGAGAGAUCACCUUGAUGCUUCUGGAGGUGCUGUUCGGGGUCCUGGCUCUGGCCUUCCUCUCCGGGUGGUACAUACGUCACGCCGCUCAGAUCCUCGCCAUCAUCCUCCCGCUCGUCAUCCUGCUCAUCGACGGCAACCUCGGAUUCUGGCACCACACCCGGAAGGUGGAGUUCUGGAACCAGAUGAAGCUGAUCGGACACAACGUUGGAAUCUUCGGGGCCGUGCUCAUCCUGGCCACAGACGGCUGA